UCAGGCAGGAGUCUGACAUCCUUCUGUCACUUACUUGCCCAAUUUUUAUAUUAAAAAAUAAAAAUAAUACACACUUGUAUCUGCACCACGUUCCUGUUGUUCCAGGCAGCGCCCAGCAGGACACAUGUCUCAUAAAUGGGGAUACGGACCAGAAAACGGUCCUAACAAAUGGGAAGAGGGUUUCCCAAUAGCCAAUGGUCCCAGACAGUCUCCCAUCAACAUUGUCCCUAGAGAAGCCCAGUUUUCACCUGCUCUGAAGCCUCUGAAACUCAAAUAUGACCCAUCCAACUCCCUGAGCAUUCUCAACAAUGGACAUUCCUUCCAGGUGGAUUAUUUGGAUGAUGUUGAUUCUUCCACCCUAACUGGAGGUCCUAUUUCUGGAACAUAUCGUCUGAAGCAGUUCCAUUUUCACUGGGGAGCCAGUGAUGAAAGAGGUUCUGAGCACACUAUCAAUGGCAUCAAGUUCCCUUGUGAGCUUCACCUGGUACACUGGAACACCAAAUAUCCCACCUUUGGAGAGGCUGCCAGCCAACCGGAUGGACUUGCUGUGGUUGGGGUCUUACUCAAGAUUGGUGCUGCCAACCCCAGGCUGCAAAAAGUGUUGGAUGGCUUGGAGUCUAUUAAAAAUAAGGGAAUGCAGACCACAUUUGCUAACUUUGACCCAGAGACUCUCCUUCCUGCGUCUCUCAAUUAUUGGACAUAUGAUGGCUCUCUGACCACACCCCCACUUUUGGAGAGCGUCACAUGGAUUGUUCUCAAGGAGCCGAUAAGUGUCAGCCCUGCACAGAUGGAAAUAUUCCGCACCCUGCUCUUCACUGGAAAAGGAGAGGAUGAGUGCUGCAUGGCAGACAACUACCGGCCUCCUCAGCCUCUGAAGGGUCGGCAAAUCCGUGCCUCCUUCAGAUGAAUACGGCCUUAUUUACAUCAAUUUCCCAGUGCCAUGACCAGUAAUUGUGUCGUGAGAUAUCAUUAGGUAUGCUGUGGGAAAUGAUCCAAAGUCACUUCAUGCUUGUGAGAAAUAAUGUAUCUCCAGCUCAGGUUGAGCAAUAAAAUGCGCUUACACUAGAUGACAAUUAACCUGUGUAUCGACUUUUUGUGACAUUUUGUUUGGUGGUGUGCUGUGAGAUUUUUUCUCAAAAGUAAAUUAUGUGCGUUGGCUCAUGAAAGGAUAGGAAGCAUUGCUUUACAUUUCAUGACUUCUUGAUAAUCCAUUAUUGCUUUCAUCUACCUUCUUUUACUAGACCAUAUAUUUGCCUUUAUUAGUUGUGAAGCUGUAAUUUCAUUUUCAUUCACAACGCCAUCCUGGGUGUUUCCUGAAUUUUCAGACAAAAUGUUGGAAUAAAGAAAAUACUUUUCAAUUGGUGAAAUUCUGACACCUGAUUUCAACUGGAAAGUUGAUCUAUCAUGGUACAAGAUGAUCACCUGUGAUUUACUAUGCAUUUUUCCUGAAAGAUUGCUUUAUAAUGUGGUGUCUAAAAUGUAUUAAAAUACAGAUUAUCAAUGAAUUACACUUUUAGAAUUCAUUUUGAUCUCACUUAGGUUGUUCGAAUAAAAAAUUCAUUCAAACAA